AUGUUUAAACUCCUGACUUGGACUUGGAGGGGAUUCCAGACUAUAACCCCCCUCUCCAGGAGGAUCACCAGAAGUGCAGCCAGUAGCACCCUCAAAUUUGCCAACAAAGUCGCCGUACUAACAGGGUCUACAAACGGGAUUGGUCUGGCCUGUGCCCGGCGUCUGGCCCAGGAAGGAGCCCACGUGGUAAUUUGCAGUCGAAAGAAGGAUAAUGUGGACAAGGCUGUGGCCAUGCUGCAGGGGGAAGGGCUGAGUGUGACUGGCACCGUGUGCCACGUGGGGAAAGCCGAGGACCGAGAACGGCUAGUGACUACGGCCCUGGAACACAACAAGGGUGUGAACUUCCUGGUGUGUGUGGCAGGUGUGAACCCUUUGGUUAGAAGUACUAUGGGGACCAGUGAGCAGAUCUGGGACAAGAUCCUGGAAGUGAAUGUGAAGGCCCCGGCCCUGCUUCUGAAACAGCUGCUGCCUCACAUGGAGAACAGAGGGCAAAGCUCAGUGAUCCUGGUCUCCUCAGUUGUAGCUUAUAACCCAACUGUUGAAUUAGGAGUCUACAAUAUCAGUAAAACUGCCAUAUUAGGACUCACCAAAACUCUGGCCAAGGAACUGGCUCCAAAGAACAUCCGUGUGAACUGCAUAGCACCGGGACUCAUCCAGACAGACUUUAUUAAAAAAAUUUCUGAAGAACCAGCCGCAUGGAACAUAAUUAAAGAAAGAGAAGCAAUUCAGAGAGAGGGGGUACCUGAGGACUGCUCAGGAUUGGUGUCCUUCCUGUGCUCCCCUGAUGCUGCCUAUAUCUCAGGCGAGACCAUCGCUGUGGCUGGCUUCUCCCCACACCUCUGA